CAUUUACUAGUAUUUAAUUCCACUCACACAUUUACUAGUAUUUCAUUCCACUCACACAUUUACUAGUAUUAAAUUCCAGUGUUGGCUUUAUUAAAAUGCCUUUCGAUUUUUCUGGAAAGAAAAUUUUGGUGACUGGCGCGUCGCGCGGAAUCGGUCGUCUACUUACUAACAAUUUAUCGUCUGCCGGGGCGGAAGUGUAUGGAUUAGGUAGUAAUAAGGAAUUACUUGAUAGUUUGAAAGAAGAAUGUAAGAAUGUCCACAUUGUACAAGUCAACUUGGCAGACUGGGAUGCCACCCGCGCGGCAUUGGAGCAACUUCCGGCGAUGGACGGCCUUGUAAAUAAUGCUGCCGUUUCUUAUGAUUGGGUGCCGUCUUUGGACGCAAGUAAAGAAGUCAUGGAUAAAACAUUUGCAGUAAAUGUCAUGGCACCUGUAAAUGUUACCCAGGUAAUAGGCAAGAAGAUGGUACAGGCUGGUAAAGGAGGUUCGAUAGUUAAUAUAUCCAGCAUUAAUGGAUUAAACCCAAUGCGGGAAUGCAUGGCAUAUAAUAUGUCGAAGGCGGCUUUAGACAUGAUGACGAAACAGUUCGCAUUGGAGCUGGGUCCACACAACAUCCGGGUGAAUUCUGUGAAUCCAACAGUCGCACUAACAGACAUGGGAAUAGAGUUUUGGAGCGAGCCGGUGAAAGAAGCAAAGCUGAAGGGGCAUACGCCACUCGGGCGGUUUGCAGAGGUUCAAGAAUGUGUUGACCCGAUAAUGUACCUGUUGAGUGAACAUUCUAGUAUGGUAACAGGUACUAUGAACCCUGUUGAAGGCGGACUUCUGUCAAAUAUCUCAGUUUAAAUACUCUAAUUAAUAAUUAACAGAACUGUCUUAUGUCAUAAAGCUUUAUACCACAACUGCAAGAAAAGUCUGAUUAUAUCAACGAAACAAGACAUAGAAUCGCUUUGAACAAUGGACUCAUAACAAAUAUCGGCAAUUAAUUUACUUGGACUGUAUAGUACGUGUUCAGCAAACAAUGAUAUUCUAUGGGAGAUACUCAAUCAAAUAUUUAUAUUUAAAACGAUGUGAGUUUAAAACUGACGUGUACAUUAAGAUCUGUCGAAUUUUCACAUGAUAAUUUUCAUUCUGUAAGAUGUCCAUACAUACGAUGAUGGUCAUGGUAAUAAAUGUGCUUCAGAAAAGUUUAACAACAA